AUGCGUAGUACAUCAGCAACCCAAAACAAUAGUUCUGGAUACAAAGGUUCAUAUGACUGUGAGAAAAAUGAGGGACGGGAGGGAAGAAGUUUGGUGCGUUUCAAAUGCAGCCUAAUACACACUAUACAGAAUGUCCUACGUAAAAGACCUGGUUGGGUUGAAGUCAAAGAUGAUGAAGAGUGGGAUUUCAACUGGUGUCUCGUGGCCUGGAUCAGUGAGCAUUUUGAUCAUACGAACAUGGAGGAGCAUGUGAGGAUAAACCACUUUCGCAACCAUUAUGAGCUGACUCGCAAAAACCUCUUGGUGAAAAACCUCAAAAGGUACAGGAAGAGUCUUGAAAGAGAAGUCGGCAGCACUGAGGCAUUAAGAUGUGAUUUUUUCCCCUGCACCUUUGUGCUGCCCAGUGAGUAUCAUCUUUUUGUAGAGGAGUUCAAAAGAGGCCCUGGCAGCACCUGGAUCAUGAAGCCAGCAGCAAAAUCAAAAGGGAAAGGCAUUUUCCUGUUCAGGAAACUAAAAGAUAUCAUGGAUUGGAAAAAGGAUGGCACGUUCUCAGAGGAACAGAAGGAUGCUGCUCAAGUGGAAAGCUAUGUGGCACAACGCUACAUAGAGAACCCCUACCUAAUAAAUGGUAAGAAAUUUGAUCUGAGAGUCUAUGUCCUGGUCACAUCAUUUGCCCCCCUGAAGGCCUGGCUGUCUCGAGAUGGAUUUGCCCGCUUCUCACAUACCCGCUUCUCUCUUGUGAGUAUUGAUGACAAGUAUAUGCAUCUCACCAAUGUGGCUGUUCAAAAAAAAUCCCCUGACUAUGAUCCUGAAAAGGGAUGUAAGUGGCAGAUACAGCAACUUCGAAGAUAUCUGACUGCAAAGCACGGUAGAGAGAUGGUGGAAAUCCUGUUCAAAGAGAUGGAUAACAUCUUUAUCCGCAGUCUCCAGAGUGUACAAAAGAUCAUGAUAAAUGACAAACACUGCUUUGAGCUCUACGGCUACGACAUUCUGCUGGAUCAGAACCUGAAACCGUGGUUAAUUGAGGUGAAUGCCUCUCCUUCAUACGCGGCCAGUAGUCAAGAGGAUUACGAUAUGAAGUGCAGGCUGCUGGAAGAUACUUUGAAUGUUGUUGAUAUGGAGGGAAGGCUGACGGGCAAGGAGAAAAGGGUGGGUGGCUAUGAUCUCAUGUGGAACGAUGGCCCUGUCUUCAGAGAGGAUACCAACCCCGAAACAUUUGGGACUUCGUGUUUCACUGCCAACACACACUUAGGGUCUGUGAAUGACAGAGAGCAUCAGCUUCAUCAGCUACCAAAACCGUUCCGAGGCCAGAAGAGGAUGUGA